AUGUCAGACGAUAGUGAUAUACAACUGAAUUAUUAUGAAACUGUAAGUUUAAUUAAACUACACUGAAAACUUCGUAUAAUGAAGUUGUGUUAUAAUAGGCAUGAGAAGCCUAAGCUCCUAAGCCUAAAGUUUUUUGCUGGACCUAAAAUUUUUCGCUGCUAAGCCUAGUAUUUUGCGCUUUUAAGCUCAAAUUAAGUCUAAAUUUAUUGGAUGAGCCUAAGACUGUUUACAAAUUAAAAAUGGCAAGGACUUUCUUUACAAAUAAAACCACUCUAAUACUAGAACUAUUUUCAGCCCGAACUCCACUUCCAGGAUCUAAAGACCUUGGUACUGGAAUGUACGGAAAAGUUCAAAGCCGAGCCGACCCUACUCAAAGUCAACUAUCCAGUCAUGAUUGUGGGUGACAUUCAUGGUCAAUACAAAGAUCUGGAACGUAUCUUAGCUCUGCCUAUGGCUAAGAACGUUGAACUGGCGCGAGAUGUGAAGCGAAUAGUUUUUCUGGGUGAUUACAUUGAUCGAGGACCUGCUUCAAUACCUUGUUUGAUCACUUUGAUGCUCUUGAAGGUUAAACAUCCUAGAAGUGUGAGUUUUUUUUUAAUUUUGUGCUUUUUAAGGAAAGUUAUUGCUAUUUUUUGUUUUGUAAAGAAAGUUAUUCUUAUUUUAUGUUUUGUAAACAAAGUUCUUGCAAUAUAGCGCUAAAAAAAUUUUUUUUUUCAGUACAGCCUACUUCGUGGUAACCACGAAACAGAAGCCGUGAACGGUGGGUGCUACGGCUUCAAAGCGGAACUAGCCGAACGAUACAAGAGGAUCGGAGAACAAAAUGCAUUGUUUCGUCUGAUAAAUGACAUGUUCGAUUACUUACCAUUGGCCGCGUUGGUUGGGAAGCGGAUUCUGUGUAUGCACGGUGGCAUCUCACCUCAUUUGACGUCGCUUGAGGCUAUUGAUCAGGUAAUUGGUAUUUUAAAGUAAUGGAAAGAAAGUUUUUGCAAUUUUAUAUUUUUUAAAUAAGGUUUUUGCCUUUUUUAGAUAAAACGACCGAUUUCCAACAUCUUCUCGGUUCCAUUGGCGGGCGAUCUCCUUUGGUCGGAUCCAAAACAUAUCAAUACUGAUUUCGAGCCGAAUCCCAUCCGAGGUGUCAGUGUCUAUUUCAGUGAGAAGGCUGUGCAGGAUACGUGCAAAAGACUGAACUUGGACUUUAUUGUACGAGCUCAUCAGGUAUGGUAGUUUACAGUAGGUAGGGGGAGGUAGGGUAGGGUACGGUAAGGAAGUGUAUGUUUUGAUACAUAAUAGAACAUUUUUUAGGUUAUGUACAAUGGCUACUCGUUUUUCGCAGGCGUGAAGAUGAUUACAGUGUUCUCGUGCCCACGUUGUGCUUUGGUAAGUUUUUUUUAUUUGCACGGUGCAGUCAUUUUGUAAAUAUUGUUAUUCUUUCUGAUGCUAUCGAAGUAAAAAUUGUUUUAGUAGCUUUUUAUGACAAUAGGGCAAAAGUUAUGGCAACAUUUGUUUUCUAAUAUACACUAUUGAUCGCGCAGUGCAAAAAAGUUGGAAUCCUGCACGGUGCAAUUGGGAUUUUACCUUUUUGGUUUUAAAUAUGGCUAAAAUACGGUUUUCAAUAAAAAACAUGGAAAACUUUCUUUACAAAUCAAAAAAUGGCAAGAACUUUGUUUACAAAACUAAAAACUAACCAUUUUCAGGACAGUAAGGCAGCAGUGAUGGUGAUAACCAAGAAGAAAGAGAUGGGAUUCGCAUUCCUCGGCCCAAAUAAAAGCGACAAGCUCAGUACUGAUAAGGAAUUUAAAGAAAAGUUUGGUUAUCUGGACAAACUUCAGCAAGCCGAAGACAUUGGAGGACCUCCGAAUCCGGAUCGGUCCGAAGACACGAAGGGCAAUGAUUCCAAUUCAGCCUCGUUAAACGACUCCCCUAAGCCUAAGGAAGUGAAGAAGGAAGUAAAGCCGACCAAAAAGGCUAAACACAAAAGUGGCAAAUUGGGCAAAUGA